AUGAAGGAAGGCGAGGCUGACAUCGAAGAGCGACUGGCAGUCUCACACAUUGUCACUACAUCUACGAUGUGUGAUUUUAGCAACAUACUGUUCGCCAAAUACUCAAGGUAUGGCAAGUUAAGGAGAGUUGUGGCUUUCUGCUUGCGGUUCAUCACAACGCUUAAGGCAACCAAGGCAUCAUCGUGCAAGCGCGUUAAGGUAAAAGCGGACAUCAAGACGUUGCUGCACUCCGUUCCACCGCUUACAGCAGAGGAGCUACAGCAAGCCGAGCUGCGUUUGUGCCAGCUAGCACAACAGGAGUCGUUCGCGGAAGAGCUGGUCGAUCUACAACGAGGGAAGCAGGUUAGUGCGAGAUCGAAGCUGAAGUGGUUGUUCCCAUACAUCGACGCACAGGGUGUGUUACGUGUCGGUGGCCGGCUAGGUAAUGCCAACAUCCCAGAGGCAACGAAGCAUACGACAGUCCUUGCAGCAUCACAUCGUCUGUCAGUGCUAUUGGCAGAAAGGGUCCAUCAGCAGGAGAUGCACGCCGGACCACAAGCAAUGUUAACCAUACUGCGGCAGAAGUUUUGGUUAAUUGGAGGCCGAAAUAUGGUAAAGCGUGUGUAUCACCAGUGCCACACUUGCUUUAGAAACAAGCCGAAGUUUGUGAAACAGGCGGUAGCGGAUUUGCCUGAGUCACGGGUAACACCAACGAGACCGUUUGCGGGCAGUUCAUAUCGAACUGGUGAGUGA